AUGGCUGAACCCUCUGCCCCCCAGAACCCAGCUGGUGAGCCUUCGGCUCCCAAGAUUGACACUCCUCCUCAGGCCGAUGAGCAAACGAGAAACCAGGAUGCCGCUGCUGCUACCGCACCUCCCAAGGUGAAGAGCGAGAAAGAAUUGGAGCGCGAGCGACGCAAGGCCGAGAAAGCGAAGAAGUUUGCGGAAAAGCAGGCCAAGGCUGCAUCGGCCAAGCCCGCUGCCCCCAAGGCGGAUAAAAAGGCCAACAAGGUUGAGAAGGAGAAGACUGCCGAUGCGUAUGACCCCAAGGUAAUUGAGUCGGGCCGCUACGAAUGGUGGGAGGAGAAGGGCCUCUUUAUUCCCGAGUUCGGCCCUGAUAACAAGGUCAAGCCUGAGGGAUACUUUGUUAUCCCAAUCCCUCCUCCUAAUGUCACUGGGUCCCUUCACAUGGGACAUGCCCUCACCAAUGCCCUCCAGGACACCAUGGUUCGUUGGCAGCGGAUGAAGGGCAAGACCACGUUGUGGCUUCCGGGCAUGGAUCACGCCGGUAUCUCCACCCAGAGUGUCGUCGAGAAGAUGCUCUGGAAGAGAGAGAAGAAGACCCGUCAUGAUCUGGGUCGCCCGGAAUUUACGGAUAGGGUGUGGGCGUGGAAGCACGAGUACCAUGCCAAUAUCAAGAAUUCCUUGCGUAGAGUUGGUGGUUCAUUCGACUGGACUCGCGAGGCGUUCACCAUGGACCCCAACCUGUCUGCUGCUGUCACCGAGACUUUCGUUCGUCUGCAUGAGGAGGGUAUCAUCUACCGUGCCAACCGCCUGGUCAACUGGUGUGUGGCUCUGAAUACAUCGUUGUCCAACUUGGAAGUUGAGAACAAGGAGGUCGAAGGCCGCACUCUUCUGGACGUUCCCGGCUACGAGAAAAAGGUUGAAUUUGGUGUCCUGACUCACUUCUGCUACGAGAUGGAUGGCACUAAGGAGAGAAUCGAGAUCGCCACUACUCGUCCGGAAACCAUGAUUGGUGAUACUGGUAUUGCUGUCCACCCUGACGACAAGCGUUACCAGCACUUGAUUGGCAAGUUUGCCAGACACCCCUUCGUGGACCGCCUGCUGCCCAUUGUUGCCGACCCUGAAGUUGACCCAGAGUUCGGUACCGGCGCUGUCAAGAUUACACCCGCCCAUGAUUUCAACGAUUUUAACCGUGGAAAGGCCCAUAACCUUGAGUUUAUCUCCGUGUUGAAUGAUGACGGUACCUUUAACAAGAAGGGAGGGCCCUUUGCGGGCAUGAAGCGCUUCGAUGCCCGUUACAAGGUCAUCGAACUCCUUAAAGAGAAGGGCUUGUAUGUGAAAUGGGAGCAUAAUCCCAUGAAGAUCCCACGCUGUGCCAAGUCUAAUGACAUUAUCGAACCCAUCCUUAAGCCCCAGUGGUGGAUGAAGAUGGAGAGCCUUGCGGAGCCGGCCAUCAAGGCGGUUGAGGAUGGUGAAAUCAUCAUCCGACCCGAAUCCGCUGCUAAGAACUAUUUCCGCUGGCUGAGGAAUAUCAACGACUGGUGUCUGUCCAGACAGCUUUGGUGGGGUCACCAGGCUCCGGCUUAUUUCAUAAAGAUUGAGGGUGAAGAUGGGGAUGAUAGCGAUGGCAAUCUGUGGGUCACUGGCCGAACCGAGGAGGAGGCCCAGAAGAAGGCUGAGGCUAAAUUUCCCGGCAAGAAGUUCAUCCUGCAGAGAGACCCAGAUGUGCUUGACACAUGGUUCUCGUCCGGUUUGUGGCCAUUCUCAACCUUGGGCUGGCCUAAUAAGACGCACGAUUUUGAAACUCUGUACCCGACUUCUGUCCUGGAAACCGGCUGGGAUAUCCUUUUCUUCUGGGUCGCUCGAAUGAUCAUGCUGGGCAUUAAGCUGACUGGUAAGGUCCCCUUUAAGGAGGUCUACUGUCACUCUUUGAUCCGAGACUCCGAGGGCCGGAAGAUGUCUAAGUCUUUGGGUAAUGUCAUUGACCCUCUGGACGUCAUGGAGGGGAUUGAACUCAAUGAUCUCCAUGCCAAGCUGCUCACUGGUAACCUGGCCGAGAAAGAGAUUGCCACGGCUACCAAGUACCAGAAGAAGGCGUUCCCCAAGGGUAUCCCUGAGUGCGGUGCUGAUGCGUUGCGAUUUGCUCUGGUGUCUUAUACUACUGGUGGAGGGGAUAUUGCGUUUGAUGUCCAGGUGAUCCACGCCUAUCGCCGUUUCUGCAACAAGAUCUACCAGGCGACCAAGUUCGUCCUCGGCAAACUGGGCGAUGAUUUCAAACCACAAGCCACUGCUUCGAAGACUGGUCGCGAGUCUCUCUCCGAACGCUGGAUCUUGCACAAAUUCAAUGCCGCUGCUAAGCAGAUGAAUGAGACACUGGAGCAACGCGAGUUCUCCGAUGCCGCGAUUGCUAUCUAUCAGUACUGGUACAGCCAACUUUGUGACGUGUUCAUUGAGAACUCCAAGUCUCUCCUUACACUGGACGCGCCUGCUGAGGUGCAGCAGUCGGCGAAGGAGACGCUGUACACUACUCUGGAGGGUGCCUUGACCAUGAUCCACCCCAUCAUGCCCUUCGUGACGGAGCACCUGUGGCAGCGUCUGCCUCGUCGUGCUGGCGAUAGUACCAUCUCGAUCAUGAAGGCCCGGUACCCUGAGUACCAGCCCGAGUUCGACGACCCCGCUGCGGAAGCGGCCUACGAGCUCAUCCUGAAUACCUCCAAGGCCAUUCGGUCGAUCAUUGCCCAAUACGAGCUCAAGACCAAGGGCGACAUCAUCAUCCAAACCUACGAUGCGACCAGCCACAAGACCAUCUCGGAUGAGAUCACUAGCAUCAAGUCGUUGGGCGGCAAGUUCCUGGGCGAUCUCAGCGUGCAAGGACCGGAGAACACCACUCGGCCCUCGGGCUGUGUUGUGUCGGCUGUCGGCUCUCAGGCUGCCGUCUACCUCCGUGUCUCCAAGGAGGUGGCUCUCGAGCAAGAGGAGAAGGCCAAGGCCAGCCUCCAGAGGUCGCUGGAGGUUGUGCGCCGUCAACAGCAGCUGGUGGGCUCUGCCACCUGGCAGGAGAAGGUCAAGCCUGAGAUUCGCGAGUCGGAGGAGAAGAAGCUUCGCGAUGCCGAGAGCGAGUUCGCGCGGUUGGAGGAGCAGAUCCGCGAGUUUGAAAAGUUGCGGCUAGAGUAG